AUGAUAGGUCUUUGGAUUCAAAUCCUACUCCUCAUUCCCUUGUUAACCGCUCAAAAUGUCACCAUUCAAACACCAAUGGGCUCGGUUACGGGAUUUCGAGUAGAUUACGGCAACAAUACAUCCAAUUUGUACUAUGGAAAGGGGGUUGUCUUCCUCGGGAUCCCAUAUGCUCAACCACCCAUCGGCAAUCUAAGAUUUCAGCUCCCACAAUCGCUGAAUCGCUAUCGGACUUCUCCUCUAGAUGCGACACAAUAUCCAGCCGCAUGUCCCCAAGCAAGAACCGAAGGAAUCCCAGGAGCUCUUGACGCUCCAUGCACGAAACAAAGCGAAGAUUGUCUCUAUCUCAACGUGUACACACCUGAUACAACAACUCCCAACAAGUACCCAGUAAUGAUCUGGAUUCAUGGUGGAUCGUUAGCAGCUGGUUGUGCAAAGGAAUAUCCGUACAAAGGAGCAAUUCGUAACUUGGUGUCUCGUGGAGUUGUGGUUGUCGUCAUUCAAUAUCGUUUGGCUGCUCUUGGCUUCUUCACCACAAAUACCACAGAUUUUCCGGCAAAUAGAGGACUAUUGGAUCAAAUCGAAGCAUUCAAAUGGGUACAAAAUAAUAUUGCUUCUUUUGGUGGGAAUCCGAAUCUUGUCACUUUGUUUGGACAAUCAGCUGGAGGGAUCUCUAUCUCGGCACACACAUACUCGCCGUUGAGUAGAGGCCUCUUCCAUCAAGCUAUCGUUGAAUCUGGUACAAUUUUCAUGUCUCUUUAUGGCUCGGCAAGCAAUAGAAAUUCCAGUGCAAUUACAGCCCAAAACCUUUGCCAAAUCCCUCAAAAUCAGUUUAAUCGAGGGAAUUUCGGACAAUUGAAAACAUGCAUGAACAACAUAUCGGUAUCAGCUUUUGUGGCUGCGGAUAAGGCUGAUUAUGGAAACUGGUUGAUCAUUCGAGACAACAAUUUCUUACCAGGAACCCCUCAAUCAUUGAAUGCUCAAAGAGCAAGGAUCCCAGUGAUGUACGGAAGUCCAAAAGAUGAAGCGGCUCUUCCAUUGUACUUCAUGAUGGAGUCCGGAGUCCGUUUCGAAGACUUCAAUCAAUCUUUCCUUCAACGAACCUUCAUGAAAGAGAACGUGUUUUCUCCUUAUCAACGUAAUUUGAAUGCUGCUUGGAAUACAAUUAGUCAAAGCUAUCUAACGAACAGUCAAGCGAAUAGCAACAACGCAUCGUAUUGGUGGUUGAAAACUUCUGAUAUCUUCUCAGCUUCGAAUUUCACUCAAUGGAUUUGGAAAGAUGUGCAAUUGCAACUAGCAAAUCGGAACCCGAUGGUCUACUUGUACGAACAGACAUAUGGAUCAAAGAUCAUGCAAAGAAAAGUCGGAGAUGAAGUCACGAGAAAGCUCAAUGGAUAUAGACCUGUCCCACACUCUGCUGAAAACCCCUUCAUCUGGAUGUUCGAACCAAUCUGGAAUGCUGAAACACAAGCGAAUCGAGUUGUCCCAUUCGAUCACACGUUAGCAAAUGCUUAUGGUACUUGGUGGACGAAUUUUGCGAAAUUCGGUAGACCAACCGUCGACAACUCUUGGAGGCCAGUGUAUGGCCAAACUAUGCAACAUUUCCGAAUUGAUCAACCACAACAAGGUGGAAUGACAAUGGUACAAGGGUACAGGGAUCAAGAUGGUGAUGUAUUCCAGAGGCAACUCGUCUCAAUCUUUGGUGAUGGACCAAAUCGA